GAUAUCAGAGUUCUUUUACAGAAACACUUAUAAGUUUAUCCUUUAACCCGUAGUCCUAAAUUCACACUCAAAAAAGAUACGUAUGGAUAAAAGCCAAGCAAGCAAGCAAACAAUAAAAGCCUAAACCUCUAUAUGGAUCAUAUCAUUAUCAUUCUUCUUGUUGUUUUAGCCUCUGAAAGUUGUGGUUUCUGCCUCCGCCAUAAUCUGAUUAUCGCUUUGUUUGGAAACAGAAAAAAGCACAAGGAUAAAGUUUCAUCAACUGGUGAUAAAGCGCUUGGUAGUAACGAGGUUUUAGUGUUCUAUCAUGGGUUCAGAGUCAUCUGAGAGCUGCUUGCAAAGUUUCAGGCUCUAUGAGACUUUUUCGAAUUAUUAUAUCAUAGGAAGAGAUAAGAAGAAAACCUUUUGGAAGGUGUUAAAGAUUGACAGGUUGGAGAGUUCUGAGUUAAAAAUUUAUGAAGAUUCUACAACAUACACUGAGAAUGAGUGUGCUGACCUGUUAAAAAGGCUAGAUGAAGGGAAUAAAAAAACAGGUGGACUUAAACUAGUCACAGCUUGUUAUGGAAUCGUCGGGUUUGUCAAAUUUCUGGAGCCUUAUUACAUGCUGCUUAUAACAAAAAGAAGGAAAAUUGGUGAAAUUUGUGGUCAUGCAAUAUAUACUAUUACAAAAAGCAAAAUGAUUCCAAUUUCAAAUCCUACUGUGCGGACCUUAAUAGCUUAUUCUAAGAAUGAAAACAGGUAUCAGAAGCUUCUUUGCACAGUGGACCUUACAAAGAACUUCUUUUUCAGCUACUCAUACCAUGUUAUGCGUAGUCUUCAAAAGAAUUUAUCUGAAUAUAAGACUGGACAAUGCAUCUAUAAUAAAAAGUGUGUUUGGAAUGCAUUCUUAACAAGUGAAAUCCGGAAUACUCUAAAAAAUACUCUGUGGACGGUUGCUUUAGUUCAUGGCUUCUUUAAACAGGUCAAACUUUCUAUAUCUGGCAGAGAAUUUACAUUAACCCUUAUUGCUAGACGUUCUCGACUUUAUGCUGGAACCAGAUAUUUGAAACGUGGUGUAAAUAAGAGGGGUAGAGUAGCUAAUGAUGUCGAGACAGAACAGAUUGUGUCUGAAGAUGCUGCUAAAGGUCGCAUGAUGCGAAUCAGUUCUGUUGUACAAUAUCGAGGUUCAGUCCCUCUGAUUUGGUCGCAGAAUAUUUCAGGAUUUCGUAAAUUCAAACCUGAAUUUUCUUUAGCACCAGAACAACAUAACUAUGAAGCCACAAAACUUCAUUUUGAGAACCUUGCCAAAAGAUAUGGAAAGCCAAUAAUUAUAUUGAGUUUAUUGAAGACACGUGGAAAGAAGCGUGCUGAAAAAAACCUAAGUGCAGCAUAUGCAAAAGCUAUUACAUCCAUCAUUGAGGAUUUACCAGAAGAAAAUCAGCUAAGGUUUUGUCGUUGGGAUUUAAAUACACACAUGUACCACAGAAGAGCUAUACAGGAAUUGAAACAGCUAGGAGAAUUUUUUGCUAAUACAUUGGACUUAACUGGCAUCUUCUACUGUCAUGUACCACAAAAAUUGUGUUUGGAGGGAUUUUUAAACUUAUCCUACUUUGAUGAGAAUAAUGGUCAAUUCUAUCUAAAGAAUCUCAAUGAAAAUGAGGAUGCUGAUAACCUAGAAACAAAAGUUGAUGAUGGUGUUAGUAGUGGAGAUGUAUGUAGAAAAUAUGGUGUUAAAUCCACAACAUCUCAGAAAGGGAUUCUAAGGACCAACUGCUUGGACUGCUUAGAUCGCACAAACAUUGCCCAAUAUAUGUAUGGGCUAGUUGCUCUUGGACGUCAGCUGCAUGCUUUGGGAUUUAUAGAAUCCCCAAAUGUUGAUUUGAAAAAUCCUUUGGCAGAGGAUUUAAUGAAAGUUUAUGAGGCUAUGGGUGACACACUUGCACUACAAUAUGGUGGUUCCCCAGCACACAAUAAGAUAUUUGCUGAGAUCAGAGGUCAAUGGAGACCAGUAGCUGGUUACCAAGAUCUUAUGAAAACUGUACAAAGAUUUUACUGCAAUGCCUUCUCAGAUUUUGAGAGACAAGAUGCAAUUAAUGUGUUCUUGGGUUAUUUUCGUCCACAACUGGGUAAGCUAUCUCUGUGGGAAUUGGAUUCAGGCCAGCGUUUCAAUGUUGGGAGGUCAUCUACUAAAAGGUCAUUUUCGGAUAGUGAUAUUCACUCUAGGGGUGACUCAACUAUGACGAGCACAGAUUUAAUACAUUAUCAGCCUUUGUCUAAAGAACUGCAAGGAGGCAGCAUGAGUCUUCCAGAUAUCCCAACUCAGCCUUUGUCUGAUGAAGCACAAGGAGAUGACACAAGUAUUUUAGAGUGCACGCCAGAGGUCUCAACUAGCAUCAGGCAACUUAUGCAAGUGGACCAAAGUCUCAGAAGUGAUGACAAUCAUAACGUUGAAAAUAGGGAUGUAUCUAACCACUCAAGUUUAUUUGAUAUGGACUGGCAUUCUUCAUCUGGAAAUUCUUUUGUUGAAGCAAAUGACAGGUGCCCUGAGUGUAAGGAUACGAUAGAUCAAAUGAAGGGAAAUUUUCUUGGUGAAUAUAGUAUGAGCUUUUUGAACUGGGUUAUUCAUGGGGAGCCACUGUUCCACGGAAGUUGACAAAAGUUAUUUAAAUAUAACACUAGAGCAUUUGGAUGUAGCUUUUUCCCAAAAGUUGGCUAAAGUUUAGCUGUACUUUUAAAAGGUGCACAUAGAUAAAUAAGCUAAAAAGCUUGAAGAAAAACUGGUGAACAGAUGGAUGUAGAGUGCUGGACAGAAACAAGAAGGUUAGAGAGAAAUUGAAAGUUGAAGACUAUUGGCAUUCAAUACAUUUCUUCAAUUCCUAUAAUUUCUAUAGGGACAUGAUAUAGGAAACACAAGUGUAAAUAUCUACUGCUGAUUCUUUGAUUCUCACAUAGGCUUUGAAUUGACACUGUAUAUUUACUAUAACAUAAUUUUUUCACUUUUUUUCCAUUAUUUUGUGGGUGUAUUCAUUAAAAGGAGAAUUUAGAAAGUUGGCCAGCCCUUUGGUUUUUUC